GAAUUAUGAACAGAUUAUCAAGAAACGACUACAAAGCUCACUCAAGAAUGAACAAAAUUUGUUCUUCAAAUAGGCAAAGGUCUAUAUGUGGCACACAUAGAGGACACGUCUCCCAAAGAAAAUCGACAAAUAGCAGAAAAGCUGAUAUUAAGACCACACAGAAGAAAAGGCGAAGUAAGAGCGCUUUACCACCACAAGGUCAGAGGAGGUCGAUGCCACAAAAACAUUGUCAAGCCCGGCAGCGCAAAAGACGCACAAAUGGACAUAAAAGCUCAAGAGCUGAAAUAAGAAACCAGUCUGGAUAUGAGUUGAAGAUGUAUCUUGACGAUAAUUAUGACUACAAUCAACAUACAAACAGAAAUGACAGACAAACUUCCAAAGUACCCGCUUCUCAAUGGAAUGAUACAAAAGUGUCCGAAAAUGUUUCAUCAAACUGCCAACCGAAGUUGAAAAGGGACAAUCGAGAAUCAGACGGCAUCCAGUGCCAACCCGCCAACCAGCAGACGUCAGGUGAUCAAACUGAGAAAUCUACUAAACAUGGCAACUUAGACAUGAGCAUAACAGAUAUCUGCCCAAAGUCACAAGCUACUAGCACUCGGCAAAUCAGUGAGAAGUUACUCCAAGAUGAUAUUAGAAAUGAGUUGGCAGCCAAGAAGAAGUCAAAGAAAGGAUUUUUCACCAGAGCAUUUCGCUCUAUUAUCGCUUGUUUUGGUAUUAGAAAUGAUAGAAAAUGAAAUGACCCAUUUGUUAAAAUUAAUCUGUUUUGUGUUUUGAUUAUAUAUUAUUCAUUUUUGUUGAACUUAAAGUAAACUUUAUUUACUUUUACAAAUAUCCAAGUUUUGUUUUCUUUCAUGUUUUAUAAAAACAAGAGCCGGUUAGGUUUACGACACAGAGAAGUAGUGUAUCCAUAAAGUGUAUACCAAACCAAAUUUAGCACAAAGAUAUUAUGUUAUGGGUAGUUCCUGGCAAAGGCUAUCAAUUCUUUAAAAAUGCAAUGAAGAAAGCGUUUCUUGCUGAUACCUCUUGUGGAUUGCACUGCACUUGUACUCAAUGAGAUCUAUCUACCUACUAAUUUUCUU